UUUAAAAUUCAGUCUUCCUGAACUUGGGUCAGUUUCACUUUCCAUUCCACCUGCCGGCUGCUCACAAGCCACACUCGACGCUGCAGAGAAACAAAACCGAAGUUUAACCUUCUCACUGCUGUGAUCUACUUCUCCUUACUGGAUCUAAAAGCAGCAUUUGUUACCGUAAAGUGGAAGACAGGAAGUGUCUGCUGGAGGCGGCUGGGUUGGAUGUGGAUUCUUUUACGGACAGCUCUGUCUGCUCACAAAUGCGACACAUCCCGUGUUACCUGUCGUUCCAGGUGUGAUCAUGGCUUCUAAAGUGGACCUGAAGGAGGCGGAGGAGCUUGCCCUCUCUCUGACUGAAGCCCUGAACAGUGGAGACCGUCAGGAGGCAGUUAAACUGUGUGAACGUCUCUCUGAUCUCUGUGUUCCGGUGACCGUAAGCAUCAGCAGUCAGGUCUACUGUCAGGACUCCAUAAGUUUAAGGGUUGGAGUGGAGGAUGCUCAGUCAGAUGCUUACAUCCCGGUGACUGUGGUGGUUUCUGCCGGCAUGACAAUCGCACAACUGAAAGACAAGAUCAGCCAUGACUUUGGUUUCCACCCGUUGCUGCAGCGCUGGGUGAUCGGGAAGCGGCUCGCUCAGGACCAGGAGACGUUAUACAGCCACGGUAUUCGUCAGAACGGGGACCAGGCUUUCCUCUUCAUCCUCUCCGCACACGCUGCUCAUCUCACACGGCAUCAAGAAAAGCUGGACCAGGAGCAGCAACGUAUAGAUGGUAUCAUGGAGUCGAUGCAGGGGAUGCAGCUUUUUCCCAGAGGUGGAGGUGUUGGUGAGAAGACAGCUCCUCCUCCGGAGAUUCAAGAGACCCCUCCUCCUGUUCCCCCUAAAAUCCCGAUCAUUACCAAACCAGCUGUGCCUCCUAAACCUCAGGUCGGUUGGUCCUGCACCAUGUGUACGUAUGUGAACAAGCCAACUCGUCCUGGCUGCGAGAUGUGUGGACAGGAACGGCCAGAGGAUUACCAGAUACCUGAAAUCUACCAGCCGGACCAGGAGGAGGCUCAACGAAUGCAGCAGGAGCAGCUGGCAAUGAUGCAGUAUGAACAGGCUCAGCUGGAGGAACGAGAGAGGAACUACAUGUACUUGUUGGCGACAGAUGACCAGAACCUCAUCCUCAACACCACAGAGACAGAUUGUCCCAUUUGCUUCUCUCCCCUGCAGCCAGACGAGGGCAUCGUGCUCAGGGAGUGUCUGCACACCUUCUGCAGAGACUGUCUAAAAGGGACAAUUAUAAACAGUCAAGAUGCUGAAGUGUCCUGUCCUGAGGAAUGCGAUAGCAAACUGUUGGACCGAGAGAUCAAAGAGCUGCUCACAGAAGAGGAGCACCAGCGCUUCCUGGAGUUGCGUCUCAGCAUUGCAGAAAGUCGCUCGGAGCACAGCUUCCACUGUCAGACUGCCAACUGUCGAGGGUGGUGCAUCUACGAGGAUGAAGUCAACGAGUUCAACUGUGAACUCUGUGAUGAAACCAACUGCAUCCUCUGCAGGGCCAUCCACAAAGACAUGAAUUGUAAGGAUUACCAGGAUGACCUGCGCAUCCGUGCACAGAACGACGAAGCGGCUCAGAAAACGAAGCAGAUGUUAGAGAGCAUGCUACAGAAUGGGGAGGCCAUGAAGUGUCCACGGUGUGACGUCAUUGUCCAGAAAAAAGAUGGCUGCGAUUGGAUCUGCUGUUUGAUGUGCAGGACAGAAAUCUGUUGGGUCACCAAACAAGCUCGAUGGGGACCAAAUGGCAAUGGUGACAUAUCAGGAGGCUGCAGAUGUCGAGUCAAUAACAAGCCUUGUCAUCCCAACUGCCAAAAUUGCCACUGAGCGCAGCACACUAAACAACACAUGCUGCUGUAAGGACAUGCACUAUCUGGGUAAACUCUUCUGGUGCUUACCUCUGUGGCUUAGUACUGCAUACAUUAAUGUGUUCUAUUGAUUUAUUUCGGCCUUGAUUUCAGUGGUAUGCUGACAAUGCUAAGUUGUGCUGCUGCUGAAGUAUAUCUUUCUUCUGCAACCACAGAUAAACCUUACAUAAGCAGUACAAACUGCCAGCUAUCUCCUCUAAACGUGUAUAUAUAUAUAUAUAUAUAUAUAUUUUUUUUUUUUGUUGUUGUUGUUGUAUGAAUUAAUGCUUAAGAACAGUCUGACCUCUGGAUACUGAUUUAAUCACAGUUCAGUUUGAUGCAAUAAGAUUGUGAUGCUUGAAUUUGGAUCAGAACUUUGAAAGUCAGAACUUUGAUCAGAACAAAUGCACCAACAUGUAAAAGUGUCACUCCACAGUUAUCAGCUCCAAAGGGCUUUCCUGUAAAGGAGACCUACAACUAAUUAUCUACAAUAAUUUUCAUGAAUUAAUAAUUUAUUUUACAACUCAUCACUAUGAAACAAAAUUAAAGACAAAUGAAUGCUUACAGUUA